AUGAGCUCAAUUGAGUUGGCGGGCUUGAGCCGCAGGAUCCGCUCCGUGAGGAGAAGUUUGAGAAUACAGCUGGAUGAGUCGCAAGGCUCAUGGAGCGGCCUCUCUGCUUCAUGCGUGAGACAGGCGCUCCUGGUCUACCUUUGGAGCCAAGCAAAGACGUCGCAUCAUGCUUUGGACGCCGCGGCUACCUACCUCGCUCGCGCUGCUCCUCUGGUGAUUGUGCAGGUGGCCGUGUCGGCGAAGGAUGCCUUCGAUGCUUUGUUUGCCGCUACUUCGGCAGCGUUGAUGGCUCGGUUGAGCACAGACCCACCUGCAUCGGAGCUGUACCGGGCUUGUGAUUUCAUUAUACAAUACCUGCUUCAUGAUUGGGUCAGGUCUCAAAAUGUCGAGUAUGGAGUGGCCCCCACAAGGCAGCAGUUAGUAAGACAGGCUUUGCUCUUUGUUCCGGACGGCCUUCCAGAGGCUGUAGAGAACCGCCUGUGUUUGCCUUUCUCUGGUGGCCUUCCAUCCCAACGGACAUAUUUGAGACGUUUUUGGAAAGCUUGGAACGGGCGCAUAGGCACCUUACCUGUCACAGCUUCUUUGCCAAUCCAUGUGUUGCAGGAGAAGGCCUAUUCUUUUUACCGGUGGGCCAACUGCAUCCCGCCAGACAAUAUUUUGGUCAACAUGGAUGAAUGUUCUUUGGCUGUGCACGUGGAAGGGUGCCGAGACUGUUUUGCGGUCUGUACGUGGUGCAGUGCGAGCAUCUUUGAGUACCCAGAGGUCCCGGAUGUUAUCAUUGCCAACAAGACCCAGUUUCCCAUCAAAUUUAUGAAGUCCUUGGAUCCGGCAAUCACGGAUCGAUUGAAAAUUUGGCGUGGUGCCACCGCAUGGAAUACUGCUGCAUUCAUGUGUUCCUAUUUGCGUCUUCUACAUGAAAAUUGGCAAUCUUACUGCCCUGAAAAGCCUUUGCCGCUCCUCUUCGACUGUGCUGCAUGCCACCUCCAUUCUACUGUGAGGUCAUUGGCCAAAACAUUGGGGUUGCAGGUCCUAGUGGUACCGGCUGGUGCUACCGGUACACUUCAACCGCUUGAUGCAUAUAUUUUUCGCACCCUACGCUGUGAGAUCCGGCGGCAGUGGACGCAGACAAAGAGCGAAGCUGCUGAAGGUGUUGUUUCCCGAGAAGCAUGGCUACGUGUGAUGGCCACUGCAGUGGAGACAGUGCUUUCGCAUCGAGAUUGGCAGCGGGCUUUUGAAGGAACUGGAGUGACCAAGCAGCAGAAUUGCAUAUCGUCGCAUGCAUUGAAAGCCUUGCAAUGGGAUGAGUGUCCAAAGAUUCCAGCUGGGCGCCCUAGUGUGGGGCAAGCAUCGUGUAUCUUCCCAAGCCGCGGUGCUGGAAGUGGCAACAUUGAAGCAUGGGUGAAAGAGUGCGCUGGUGAUGACAGCUUAAUUCCAUACAUCCGCUCAUGGAGCGGCCUCUCUGCUUCAUGCGUGAGACAGGCGCUCCUGGUCUACCUUUUGAGCCAAGCAAAGACGUCGCAUCAUGCUUUGGACGCCGCGGCUACCUACCUCGCUCGCGCUGCUCCUCUGGUGAUUGUGCAGGUGGCCGUGUCGGCGAAGGAUGCCUUCGAUGCUUUGUUUGCCGCUACUUCGGCAGCGUUGAUGGCUCGGUUGAGCACAGACCCACCUGCAUCGGAGCUGUACCGGGCUUGUGAUUUCAUUAUACAAUACCUGCUUCAUGAUUGGGUCAGGUCUCAAAAUGUCGAGUAUGGAGUGGCCCCCACAAGGCAGCAGUUAGUAAGACAGGCUUUGCUCUUUGUUCCGGACGGCCUUCCAGAGGCUGUAGAGAACCGCCUGUGUUUGCCUUUCUAUGGUGGCCCUCCAUCCCAACGGGCAUAUUUGAGACGUUUUCGGAAAGCUUGGAACGGGCGCAUAGGCACCUUACCUGUCACAGCUUCUUUGCCAAUCCAUGUGUUGCAGGAGAAGGCCUAUUCUUUUUACCGGUGGGCCAACUGCAUCCCGCCAGACAAUAUUUUGGUCAACAUGGAUGAAUGUUCUUUGGCUGUGCACGUGGAAGGGUGCCGAGGUACUGUUUUGCGGUCUGUACGUGGUGCAGUGCGAGCAUCUUUGAGUACCCAGAGGUCCCGGAUGACGCUCUUAGCAUCAGUGUCUACAGACUUCGGUUUCAACGCAAUCUUGCCGCAGGUUAUCAUUGCCAACAAGACCCAGUUUCCCAUCAAAUUUAUGAAGUCCUUGGAUCCGGCAAUCACGGAUCGAUUGAAAAUUUGGCGUGGUGCCACCGCAUGGAAUACUGCUGCAUUCAUGUGUUCCUAUUUGCGUCUUCUACAUGAAAAUUGGCAAUCUUACUGCCCUGAAAAGCCUUUGACGCUCCUCUUCGACUGUGCUGCAUGCCACCUCCAUUCUACUGUGAGGUCAUUGGCCAAAACAUUGGGGUUGCAGGUCCUAGUGGUGCCGGCUGGUGCUACCGGUACACUUCAACCGCUUGAUGCAUAUAUUUUUCGCACCCUACGCUGUGAGAUCCGGCGGCAGUGGACGCAGACAAAGAGCGAAGCUGCUGAAGGUGUUGUUUCCCGAGAAGCAUGGCUACGUGUGAUGGCCACUGCAGUGGAGACAGUGCUUUCGCAUCGAGAUUGGCAGCGGGCUUUUGAAGGAACUGGAGUGACCAAGCAGCAGAAUUGCAUAUCGUCGCAUGCAUUGAAAGCCUUGCAAUGGGAUGAGUGUCCAAAGAUUCCAGCUGGGCGCCCUAGUGUGGGGCAAGCAUCGUGUAUCUUCCCAAGCCGCGGUGCUGGAAGUGGCAACAUUGAAGCAUGGGUGAAAGAGUGCGCUGGUGAUGACAGCUUAAUUCCAUACAUCCGAACCUUGAACUGA